AUGUCUACUGCUGAGCUGGCUACCUCCUACGCGGCGCUCAUCCUCGCCGAUGACGGCGUUGAGAUCACUGCCGACAAGAUCCAGACCCUCAUCAAGGCUGCCAAGAUCGAGGAUGUCGAGCCUAUCUGGGCUUCCCUCUUCGCCAAGGCUCUUGAGGGCAAGGACGUGAAGGACCUCCUUUCCAACGUCGGCUCCGGUGGUGCCGCCGCUGCCCCCGUUGCCGGUGGCGCUGCUGCCGCUGGUGGUGCCGCCGCUGAGGAGAAGGCUGAGGAGAAGGUUGAGGAGAAGGAGGAGUCCGACGAGGAUAUGGGCUUCGGUCUCUUCGACUAA